GACUGCUUGGCUCGACUGCCCACUAUCACUACUGCUCAGCGCUCGUCGUUGCUUCGUGAACUCUUGAUAUUCUCGAUUCCCACCAUGGUUGACGCCGCAGACCGUCCCAGACCGGAAGAACAAACCCCGGUGAAAUCGCCCUUCCAGAAUGGCGUCCGGACGACAGGGCGGGCCUUCAACUCGCCCAACUGGCGGGUUAAGUCGGACGAGAGCCCCAGUGCGCAGAGCCCCGGAUCGCCCAGUGUGAAAACCAACACCUCGCGCUCUGCGUUCAGCAAAACCGGCACCCAGGUGCCCCAGGCCAUCUCGGAGGGCAGACGCCUGUACGUGGGCAACAUGCCGUACACGGCCAAGGCAGAUGAUGUGCAGGCGCUGUUUACAGCCACGGGAUAUAACAUCGAGCGUAUUGACAUUGCCAUGGACCCAUUCACCGGCCGUAACCCGUCCUACUGUUUCGUGGACCUCGAGUCCAAGGAGGAAGCAGAGCGCGCCAUGGUCGAACUGGACGGCAAGGAGCUGCAAGGUCGCCCUCUGAAGAUCAAGCCGGGCGUGGCAAAGACAUCCGCCGAGCGUUCCCAGCAGCCGCGAACGGAGGGCUCUCCCCGUGGCGAGAAGAGCUCCCCGCUGAACUUCGACCGGUGGCAGCGUGGCGAGCGCACCGAGCCGUCCAGCCCGGCCAAGGCCCUUGGCGACCAGAGCAAGCGCGUGUAUGUCGGUGGCCUGCCUCGUCUGCAGGAUCAGGAAGCCCUCCAGAGCAACAUGGUCAACUUCUUCCAGGGACUUGAUGUUACGAAUGUCACCAAGCUCUUCACUCCACACCCGUCCAAGCGGUUCGAGCCCGGCGACCACUACUAUCUCUUUGUCGAUUUCAGCACUGCCGAAGAGGCCCAAACAGCCCUGCAGACCUUCAACGGCCAGGACGGCCCCUGGGGUGGCAAGAUCCGCGUGCAGAGGGCCCGCGGCGAGACCUGGAAGCCCGAGGAACGAGCCCGGUGGGCCGCUUCCCAAGCUGCCCAAGAGCCUGCCGCCGAUGAAGCCGUUGCCAGCGCCUAGUCUUCGCAUAUCGGAACCAGAACAACGACAGAAAAAAGAAAAAGCCCAUCUCCAACGCAAGCUAUCCGACUUGUCGAAUAUAUCUGACCAGAGAAUUCACGCCGUGACUGCCAUGGCUCAAUAGAACAGCUCUGAUGGGUCAAAACAGUGGAUAAGAACUUGAAUCCAAUGACAGGACCUCACUCGAGCGAACUCUUCGCGAAGGAUAGCAGACUGCCACGUCCGACCACGACCAGCUUACGCAGACAGACAGCAUACGAAGGCGACGACUAGGUUGCAUUUCAGGGGUAUCAAAAGUUCAGCAUGUUCAGCCAUAGAUAAAAAGUCCAUUUAGAUGAUUUCUAAAUCAUGAUCCAAUAGAACAAAACUACUAGUCAA